CUGCAUCACUUUAUUUUCUUCUAUUUCAUUGCAAGCAAAAAAACCUUCUAGAAAUAAACAACAACAAAAAAAUGACCCAAGAUGAGUUCACUACUGAGUUACUCCCGGGUUUACCCGAGGAAAUUGCCCUUGAGUGCUUGAGCCGAUUACACUAUUCAACUCACCGAGUUGCUUCUCGUGUUUGUAGAAGAUGGUGUAGGCUUCUUCAAAGCAAGGAAUUUUAUUACCAUCGUAAACAAACCGGUUUUACUCGUAAAGCUGCUUGUUUAGUACAAGCACUUCCUGUUCAAUCCGAGUCUAAACCUGUAGGACAACCGAGGUACGCUAUCACGGUGUUCGACUCGGUAACUGGUAUUUGGGAUCGGGUUGACCCGAUUCCAAAAUAUCCUGAUGGGUUACCGAUGUUCUGCCAAAUUGCGACUACGGAAGGGAAACUUAUUGUCAUGGGCGGGUGGAACCCGGCGAGCUGGGAUCCGAUUAAGGAUGUUUUCGUGUACGAUUUCAUGACUCGGAGGUGGACUCAGUGCAAGGAUAUGCCGGAGAGUCGGUCGUUUUUCGCUAUGGGAGCUGCCGGAGGACGGGUUUUCAUCGCCGGCGGCCACGAUGAGAGCAAGAACGCGCUGAGUUCAGCGUGGGUAUUUGAUAUUGCUAGUGACGAGUGGACUGAGUUGCCUCGGAUGAGCGAGGAGCGUGACGAGUGCGAAGGUGUGAUAAUCGGGUCGGAUUUCUGGGUCGUAAGCGGGUAUGAUACCGAAAGUCAAGGGCGGUUCAAGAGUAGCGCCGAGUUAUAUGAACUCAGUACAGGUGAGUGGAGGCAAGUUGAGAAUGCUUGGGGGUCGAGUCAAUGCCCUAGAGCAUGUGUAGGGGUGGGCAAAAAUGGAAAUUUGACUUGCUGGUCUGAAUCCGACCCGAAUGUUAAAGUCGGAGCUUGUGGUGUUGACCUUGGUGAUCGGACCUUGGUAACCGGGUCGGCCUAUCAAGGAGCCCCGCAUGGAUUUUUCUUUGUGGAAAACAGCAAGAAAGAAGGGCAAAAUAGUAAAUUGGUGAAAAUUGAUGUUCCUGAGGAAUUCUCAGGAUUUGUGCAAUCUGGAUGCUGUGUGGAGAUCUGAAAUUUUGUAUAAUGUUAUUAUAAUUUGUAAGUAUGUAACUAUGUAAUUUUCCCUUUUUCUUUUUCUUACUUUUUCCACUUGAGAUGAAGCAAAAGUAUAGUAGCUCUGCUGCUUUUAAGCAUAGUAGUCUUUUUAUGUAAAACUAUGUUUGGAGUAUACUAUAGUAAAAAAUAUUGGAGCAAAAGUAACUGUAGUAGUACAAUUUUCCACUGUAUGUAACUCUUUUUACUUCCUUUUUCCACUUAAGAAAGGUUGAUUGCCAAGCUGUUCAUUUA